AUGAAAAAAUUUUUUGCUGCCACGGUGGUAAGUUUUGGUCUUGUGCCCAUUAGCGCUAAUGGCCUGUCCCCCGAUUUACAUUCCAUGGAGCAAAUACACAGAAUUAUGCGUCCAACUGACGUGCCCGAACAGGGGCUCUUAUGUGAUCUACUGUGGUCCGAUCCAGACAAAGACGCCAAUGAAUGGGGUGAAAACGACCGGGGCGUUAGCUUCACUUUUGGGCCUGGUGUUGUUACAAAAUUUUUAACUGACAAUGAUCUGGACCUUAUUUGUCGUGCACACCAAGUGGUAGAGGAUGGAUAUGAAUUUUUCGCCAAGCGACAGCUGGUGACUAUUUUUUCUGCGCCUAAUUAUUGUGGGGAAUUCGACAAUGCGGGUGCCAUGAUGACUGUUGACGGUUCGCUAACUUGCUCAUUCCAGAUUCUGAAGCCGGCUGAUAAGAAAAAGUUUAACUUUAGUGCAUUUGGCACUGGCUGGCCCGUCGCUCCCCCAAGGGUUACGAAACUCAAGGAUAAAUGA